CAAAAGCUAGCGAGCGCGCUAGCCAGUUUUGUUCUCACGUUUGAGAUUAAUCUCGUUUUAUUAUGGCCACAAUGUCCGGAGGGGCAAACCUUGGGAUUCCCGGGACAAGCCAAGCCAGCUCCGGAACAUUCGCACACCGGAAAAAAGACAGUAGCCCGUCCGCUAGGUUCUGGGAGAGUCCGGAUACUGUAGCCCAGCUGGAGGUGGUCCGACAGUGGAUCGGGAAGCACUACAAAAAGUAUGUGCUGGUGGAUGCUCCAUCGUGUCAGGCUCUGGCUGCAGUGACCAUGCAGCUUCUCCAAUUCCAAGAGGAUGCCUUCGGUAGACAAGCUGCCAGUCCUGCUCUCACCAAACUGCCUGCACAUUGCUUCUUGGACCUGCGGCCAGGGGCUGGACUCUGCCACAUUCUUGGCACUGCCUACAAGUUCAAGGCUGAGCAAGGCUGGCGGAGGUUUGACUUGCAGAAUCCAUCCAGAACCGAGAGGAAUGUUGAGAUGUUUGUUACCAUUGAAAGAGGGCUGAUCCAGAACAACUGUAUGUCACAGCCUGUGGUAUAUCUGGACCCUACCCUGGACCAGGAGCUGGCUAGUAGACUUACAGCUAUUAUCACCAAACACCAGGGUACACUAACUGAGGACCGAACACUCGCUAGUCACCACAUAUGCCCUUCACCUGCUUCUACAGAGGAAGAUGAAUGGAUGCGUCCCGUCAUGCGGAAAGACAAACAUGUCUUGGUACACUGGGGCAUGCACCCUGACAGUUAUGACAGCUGGCUGUCCUCAAGUGAUGUUGAAGGAAAGGUUGAAGAGCCACCACAUUCAGAAAGGCCGUGGCGGGUCCAUGCUGGCUGGGUUCUGGACACAGAUGUUUUCAAUGAGUGGAUGAACGAAGAAGACUAUUGUGUGGAUGAGAGGAAUGUGCCAGUCGUUCUCCGCCAGCGUAUUCACCUCCGAGACGACCAGGACUCCAAAUCCACCCCCUCCAAAAAGAGAAGACGCUCCCCCUCUCCUCCCUCCUCUGAAGUCAGGAAGAAAGGAAAGAAGGGAAGAAGGCGUGGACAACCGGAGGAGGAGCCAGAGGAAGACUUGACCAAAGACAUGGAGGACCCUACCCCUGUUCCCAACAUGGAGGAGGUUAUACUGCCCAAGAUUGUCAACCUGAAGAAGGACAGUGAGAAUACUCCUGUCAAAGGAGGGACCAUGGCCGACCUGGACGAACAGGAGGAUGACUUCCCAGGAAGGGAAGACGAAGAGGGGAGAGUGGAAAUACCUCGCCUGUCAGAGGGAGAGGAGAACAUCACAGAACAAACCCACCACAUCAUAAUCCCAAGCUACACAUCUUGGUUCAAUUACAACAGCAUUCACUCAAUAGAGAAACGUGCAUUGCCUGAAUUCUUCAAUGGAAAGAACAAGUCCAAAUCUCCAGAAAUCUACCUGGCGUACCGUAACUUCAUGAUUGACACAUACCGGCUGAACCCCCAGGAAUACCUCAGCUCAACGUCCUGCAGGCGCAACCUCACUGGAGACGUCUGUGCCGUCAUGAGGGUUCAUGCGUUUUUGGAGCAGUGGGGUUUGAUUAACUACCAGGUGGAUGCAGAGAGCAGACCCCUCCCCAUGGGACCCCCACCCACACCUCAUUUCAAUGUACUUGCCGACACACCGUCCGGGCUAGCCCCCCUACAACACAAACCCCUGCAGGUAGAACACUCACACACAUGCAGAGCACAUGAUAACUGCUCAACACAGAUGUAUUUGAAACACACGUUUGUGUUGUCUGAAGUGCCUCUGGAUCAGCUCUGCCUCUCGCUCUCACUCUUGCAGGUGUCUGCCUCGCAGCACAUGUUGUAUUUCCCAGAGAAGAGCAGAGAGAAGCCGUCAGACUGCCAGAACUUUGGCCUGCGCACUGACAUCUACACCAAGAAGCACCCCAAGACUAAAGGAGCGAGUGCAGGAAGGGAGUGGACGGAGCAAGAGACGCUCUUGCUUUUAGAGGCUUUAGAGGUCUACAGAGAUGACUGGAACAAAGUAUCUGAGCAUGUGGGCUCCAGAACGCAGGACGAGUGUAUCUUGCACUUCCUUCGUCUGCCAAUAGAAGAUCCGUACCUAGAAGACUCCUCAGCCUCCCUCGGCCCUCUGGCGUACCAGCCCGUGCCUUUCAGCCAAUCGGAAAACCCCGUCAUGAGCACUGUGGCCUUCUUGGCAUCUGUGGUGGACCCACGGGUGGCGUCAUCAGCAGCUAAGGCCGCACUGGAGGAGUUUUCCCGAGUGCAGGAGGACUCAGUGGAUAAGAUCUCUGAAGCGUCCAACCAGCCCAAUAAAACAGAAUCGCUGGACGCAGAAAAAAUCGAGACUAACUCCACCUCUCAUCAGGUUCCUUUGAGGGCAGACAGGCUCAAGGUGGAACCCAUUGGGGCAAAAGUGGAGGGAGAACAAGUCAAAAGAGAAAUUGCUGAAAAUAUACUUGCAGAGGAGCGAGACGGAAGGGGAGAUGAUGACGAGAGCGUAGGGCGGCGGGAGGGGGAUGGGGAUGAGGGGAGAGUGAUGGAGCAGGAUCUGGUGGAGGGCAGUGUUGCCACAGCAGCGGCAGCUGCUCUGGCCUCAGCUGCCACCAAGGCCAAGCACUUGGCGGCAGUAGAAGAGAGGAAGAUCAAGUCCCUGGUGGCUCUGCUGGUGGAAACUCAGAUGAAGAAGCUGGAGAUCAAGCUGAGGCACUUUGAGGAGCUUGAGACCAUCAUGGACCGUGAGAAAGAGGCUCUGGAGCAGCAGCGGCAGCAGCUCCUGUUAGAGAGACAGACGUUCCACACAGAGCAGCUCAAACAGGCAGAGAUGAAGGUUCGCCAGCAGAGGGAGCAGCCGGGUCAGCCGGGAUACACGGUGCAGCAUUCAGCCUUGCCUCCUCCUUCAGGCCAGGCCAUGCCCAACCGGAUGAUACCCGGAGGAGGAAGUGCCCAGGCGAUGGCCCCUCGACACCCUGGAGCUCCCAAUGGCAUGUACCCGUCCUCACAGCCUGAUGGGAUAGCACCAGCUCAGCCGGGUCCUCCAGCAUCCAGUCAUAGCUGAACUGACCAGAAAACAAGACACACACACACACACACACACACACACACACACCAGUCCUCUUUCAAACAGGACACACACGUAGAAAUGUAACACUGGCAUAAAUGUUCAGGAACAACUGUUAAGAAAUUGAUGUCUGUAACUCUUCAGUAGUCAUUUGUUUAUAGACUGAAAGUCACACAAGCACAUAGACACAGUUAAUGUGUAUUUGGCAACGGCUCAGUCCGUCUUAUAUCUGUGAAAUAUUUGUGCUCUGACGUCAGAGUUGAAAACUCAACUCAUUAAAGUUGU